AUGGACGAGGAGCAGGACGUGUACGACUCUCAAGAUGAAGAAGACCAAGCAGACGACUCCAACGUCUACCCAACAACUGGCAAUAGUGGUCAUCUCUUAAUUCUUCACAGCUUUAUAAUCGACUCCGGCAGUCGUAAUGUUAUAUCCGAAGAAGCAGUUACUAAACUCGGCAUCUUGAGAGAACCUCACCCGGCACCAUACUCUUUGGGCUGGAUCUCAGAGGGCGUUAAGAUACGUAUCACACAACGUGCCUUGAUCUCCUUCUCGGUCGGACCUCACGAUAAAGAUCGUGUUUAUUGUGACGUCGCGCCAAUGGACAUUAGUCACUUAAUUUUGGGGCGACCGUGGGAGUAUGAUCGCCAAGUCAUUCAUCAUAGAGCUAAAAAUACUUAUAGUUUCACGUGGGAUACACAUCAAAUCGUCCUCAUUCCAUCACGGGACAAAGCCACUACUCCAAAUCCACCGCCAGCGACCACUCCAGCACCACAGCAACAAAGACCGGCUACCAUGCUUUGUUCUUACUCUUCUUUCAUCUCUGAAUUGAAAGACGGGUGCAUGGCAUUCAUGUUACUCCCAUCAACAUAUCAUCGGACACUUACAACUUCAACAACAACGGCAUUGGACUCGGUUCUGGGCGAGUUUGUCGAUGUCUUUCCAAAUAACUUGCCAGAAGGCUUACCACCAUUACGCGACAUUCAACAUCACAUUGACCUUGUACCAGGCGCCACUCUCCCUAAUAGACCUCAUUAUCGUAUGAGCCCAAGUGAGCAUGAAGAACUACGUCGGCAAGUGGAGGAUCUGCUGCAGAAAGGACAUAUCAAAGAAAGCUUGAGCCCCUGCGCCGUACCUGCUCUGUUAAUUCCAAAAAAAGAUAGGACAUGGCGUAUGUGCGUUGACAGUCGCGCGAUCAAUAAGAUUACUGUUCGUUAUAUGUUCCCGAUUCCCAGGUUGGAUGACCUAUUGGAUCAAAUUGGCGCCGCCAAGAUAUUUUCAAAAAUCGAUCUCAAAAGCGGUUAUCAUCAGAUUCGAAUCCGUCCAGGAGAUGAAAGGAAAACGGCUUUCAAGACGAGAGAGGGACUUUUUGAGUGGUUGGUAAUGCCAUUUGGCCUGUCUAACGUGCCAAGCACUUUUAUGCGGAUCAUGAACCAAGCUUUGCGCCCAUUCAUUGGCCAGUUUGUUCUCGUUUAUUUUGACGUUAUCCUCAUCUUUAGUACAUCCAUCGAUGAACACGAAGACCACUUACGCAAGGUUCUCACCGUUUUGCGUCGACAGUUCUCACCGUUUUGCGUCGACAACAACUCUAUGCGGCCAAGCAUAAGUGUGAAUUUGGCGUCACCAAAGUCCUCUUUCUCGGUUAUGUGGUGUCUGAUGAGGGCCUUUCAGUCGAUACAUCUAAAAUCGAAGCAGUACGUUCGUGGCUGA